ACCCUCAUCGUCACCCACAACCUCACACCAUCAACCACGCUUCACCAAAAGUCCGCUCAAUCCCUUCACCACUUGUUAUACAGAUCUGUAUCAUACUCGAAAAAGUCUGGUGACAUUCGAAUCCAAUCAACACUAUUCACUAUGGAGGCACCAGUGCCCGCUGUACCAUUUGCAUCACCUCAGAAACGCCCAUUGGAGGACGACGCUCAACCUUCCACACCGAACCGGCCCUCUACAUCUACAGCUUCGACCCCUUUAUCGAUUCUUUCCUCUGUAGCUACGCCAUCUCCCGUACAGCAGCAACAUGCAACUUCCAAUACCACACCUGCUCUGCCACAGUCCACUCCAACGGCUUCCAGUAACGCACAACCGCCGGCGAAGAAGCGGAAACUGACUCCACAAGAGAAAGAGGCUGAGCGAUUUGAAAAGGAGGCCAAGGCUAAAGCUCGUGCCGAAAAGAAGGAGCAGAAGGAAGCCGAGGACAAAUUGAAGGCUGAGAAGCGCGAGGAGGAGAGGAAGAGGAAAGAAGAUGUAAAGCAAAAGAAAGAAGAGGAAAAGCGCAAGAAGGAAGACGAGAAGCGUAAGAAAGAAGAAGAUAAGCAGAGAAAGGAGCGUUCCCAGUUGAAAUUGAACGCUUUCUUCUCCAAGCCCAAGGCCACUGGUGAUUCUACAGGCAAAUCCCUGGUAGAUAAUCUCCAUGUCCCUACCACUGGCUCCGUAUCAUUAGCUCCCGAUACUGGAGUGUCCAUUACUAACGCAGCGCCCCCAUCACCACAGAAGGCGAUCCGGAACAAUGCCAAAUCAGACUAUGAGCGCUUCUUUCUGCCAUUCGCACCUCCCCCAUACACCACCGUUGCCUCUCAGAAUGCUCUUCUCGAGGACCCGGAGGCUGUUUCUGCAGCCAAAGCUCGCAUGGAGAAGUUGAUUGCCCAGGAAGAUGUCGACAUGGAGCCUGUGACUGUGGAGAACUUCCGCUCCAUCUUCCCCAAGCGCCGGCGCGGGAUGGAUAUACCGACGAUCGGGCAUGUCGUUGGACUCGUCAAUGGCUCUGCACACAUGCCAAUGGAUUCGAUUAGAGGCAACGGCAAACCCCAACCUCUUGACUUACUGAAGAAGAUUCCCAUGAAGUACUUGCACUUUUCAGAAGAUGUGCGGCCUCCAUAUUUUGGAACGUACACUAGGUCGCACACCCUCUCUGAGAGUCGGAAGGUUGCCUUGAAUCCAGUUUCUCGUGGUCUGAAAGAACUGGACUACGAUUACGAUUCCGAGGCAGAAUGGGAAGAGCCCGAGGAAGGCGAGGACAUUGACUCUGACGACGAGGAGGACUUGGAUGAGGAGAUGGACGAAGAAAUGGAGGGCUUCUUAGAUGACGAAGAGGCAACAGACACAAAACGUCGCCUCUUGAACGGCGACCAAGAACCCGUCAGCAGCGGUCUCUGCUGGGAAGACGCCAACCGCGUCUCAAUACUAAACGACGGGUCGGGCGCCAUCUGCACCGAUUUCCGGGAUUUCAGAAUGGGCUGCUUACUCGAAUCCCAACCUCGCUCUAUCGACCCCUUCUCCACCAUCUACUGGGGCGCCCCGGACCCCCCUCCUCAACCCCCCUCCAUCCCCGGCCAACCAACCAUCAAAUCCGCAGUCUCGGGCCUCAUGAACCCCCCUCGUCUCCCCCUCUCCUCGCGCCCCGCAAACGGCCUCCUGAACACGCUCAACCUCCCUUCCUCCUCUUCCGCCUCCCUACCCGGCUUCUCUUCCUCGACCACCUCUACCUCCUCUUCUUCUUCUUCAAAACCAAAGCAAACUAUUCCACCCGACCAACUUGCAGCCUUCAAAGCGGCAAUCGACGGCCAGGAUCUGACCAAGAUCGCCAUGAUUGAGGCGUUGAAGAAGAAGUUUCCCAAGCUGGGGAAGCAGGCUAUUUCUGAUACGCUGGGGACUGUGGCUAAGAGGGUGGGGAGUAAGCAGAGGGAGAAGGUGUGGGUUUUGCUAUGA